AUGAAGAGAUUUGAAGCUCUAAUUUGCUACCUGCCUCACUGCAACAAAAAGGCAACACGUUAUGUUACUUACAGUGAAAGAUAUGUGUGCGGGUUCUGUUCGAACUCUAUCCACAAUGAAGACAAUGUGAUAACACUCGUAGAUCCCAGGGAAUGCGAGCAUGCUCUCGAGCUAGUCAAUUUGAGUAUCAAAUCAGUAGAGUCAACUAUUGGUUAUGACAAAACUCUCAGCCAUAAAUGGAACUAUCAGCUCGAAACAUUGGUAAAAUUAAGAAAGAGAGUAAACCAAUGUGAAGAAGAUCUUCAGGAGCUCAUAAGAGGAAAGAACUGGCCUAAGUUAUCAGAAGCCAAAGUAAAGAUCGAUUCACUGAAGCAAGAGUGGGAAAAUAGCGAGAUCUUAAUGGAAAUGCUCAAAUAUUUGCACAAAGAGGACAUCAGACUUCACUCAAUCGGAGUGGUGAAUGGAAGGAUCGCUCUUAGUGAGAAUGCAGCUUUGAAGAAAACCUGCCGUGAUUUGAGAAACGGGAAAAUUAAAAUAGAGACGAAUUUUAAUAAGAAAAUUGAUGAGCUUAAAGCUAAAGUUGGUGACUUCAGAACUCAAAAUGGUGAAUUAAGAGCCCAAAAUGACGAGCUCAGAACUCAAAAUGAUGAGCUCAGAGCUCAAAAUGAUGAGCUCAGAAGUCAUAAUGGCGAGCUUAUAACUCAAAAUAAUGAACUUAGAAGCCAAAAUGAAGAACUUAGAACUCAAAAUAAUGAACUCAGAACUCAAAAUAAUGAACUCAAAGCUCAAAAUAAAGAGUUCAAAACCCAAGAUAAUGAGCUUAGAAUUCAAAAUAAUGAGCUAAUAACCCAAAAUACUUCUAUUAUUAUUGAGAAGAGUGGUCUUACAAGGGAACUUGAAGUUGCCAAAGAAAACUUGAAAGAGCUUGAGCAUCAGAGUGCUCAAAUAGAUUGCCUCAAAGAUGACAAUACUAAACUAGAAAAAGAGCUUGCCAAAUCUCAAAGCAAAAACAAAGCACAAGCUAGUCAAAUUGAAGAUCUCAGAAGCAACUUCCAAGACAUGAAAGAAGUAGCUACUAAUUCGCAAACAAGCAUGGAGCAACUAAAGACAUCUCAUUCCCAAACUGAAGACAAAAUUGAACACUCUUUCAAGCAUCUCCAAAAUACUUGUCUAAAUUUACAGCAAGCUCUCUCUGAGAGUAUAGAAAAUGUCUGGAUGGACAUUGAAUUUUUCAAAGUUAUCCAGAAUCAAAACCAGAAAGAAAAUAAAAAUUUAUUGAAGUCGCUCAAAGAAAGUCAAAUCACAAACGAAGACUUUCUAAAAUCCAUUGAUGAAAUCCAAAAGACUCAAAGCAUGACCAAAGAAGUCAUAUCUCAAAGCCAGACCUCAUUUACAACCCUCAACAAGUUAGCAAGAAAGAAUGGAAUUAACCUGACCAAGGAAGAGGUUGAAUUCUUAGACAAACUUCCGACCAGAAAAAGCAUUAAGUUUGAUAUGAGCAAUAAAACGCACAAGGCGGUGCUUGCAUUAGUGGACAAGCAAAUGCUCAGCCAUUUAGAUCAAUUGGAAUUGAUGAAUAUUAACAAAACCAGCGAAGCUGACAACAUCCACUUCCUCUCCACCUGCAUCCCUCCCAAACUCCGCACUCUUUUCAUCCUCUUCGACCCAAGCUCUAAACCCAUAACUCCUUACCUGCCCCACAUCCUCAAGCUCAAGUCCAACAUCACCUCCAAACUCGCACUCAUCUACGUGACCAUGAAGAAGUCAGAGAAACAGCAGAUAGAACAAGCUUUCAGCCACAUUAAGCUUGUAUUUGGAUAUGUGACAGUAGUAGAUGGAUAGUUGGACAUAGGAAUUGGAAAAAGAUUUUGAGUAUUAAUGAUUCAGU